UUUCAAAUCGUUCUAAAAAAAUUGUUUUUAUCUAGGGGGGUCAAUUACAAUCAUUUUUGGUGAACGGACAUACCCCCGAAAUUCUGCGCAUUUUCGAGAAAAAAAUUCCGCACAGGCGGAACAUUAAACGUUAACAGCUUCUUAACAAAGCCUCCAUCAACAAAUUGGUAUUCUUGAUUUUCAUCUUAUUUUUGCCUCUAGAAUCCCCCAUUAAAAUGUUGUCCAAGACUGACCGAACACUCUCUAUACUCAGUUGUAAAAAAACUCACACUUCGAUGUUCAAAAUAAAAAAUCGUUUGAACGUAAUUGACGAUUUUCGUUUGCCGAAAUUGGGACUUGGUCGAACAGUCUACGACGCACGGAGAAAUUGCGUACGACGCGGACAAGUUUAGAAUAAGGUAGUCCGCGCGAAUCGGCAUCGAGCAACUUCGCAAUAAUGUUUCUAAUUAUAUUUACACGCUUGAAAUUAGCGGCGCGACGCGUUGGAGGAACUCAAGGAUAUUUUUCGCGAACGAUCGGAAAUAUCCCUCCAACUACGCAUCGCGCGUCGCGAUCUUGUGUAACGGCGACGCGUGGCGAACAGGAAGCACGAAUUUUCGUAUAUGGCGGGGCACGGACGGCGUACCUAGUUGGUCCGUCGUGGUUCGACUCCGCGUCUUUACCGAAUUCCUGGCAACUGUGUGGGAAACCGAGAAACGACGUACGCAAGAUGCACAUUAGUCGCCGCGUAGGGAACUACGUGACGUCACCAUGAAUAUGAAACUUGUUUAUAGGACAGAGCGACUCGAUCGUCGUCAGAAUUCUGUGGAAUAAGUUGCAGUUAUUCGAAGGACCUUGACUUCAUUACCGCGGACGCACACCUCGCGUGUCGAAAUCGAGGUUGAAAUUCCAUCGGUAAAAUCAUCGGGGGAGCAAAGUUUAAAGUUACAGGAUAAGAAAAUCAUGAUGUUAAGGGUUGGAUCUAUAUUGGGCCUGUUGGUCCUGUUGGCUGUCGCCAGAGCCGUAGUACCUAGUCGUUGUCUAACUAUGUACGAAGAAAUUAACCCAAAGAGAAGAGAGGUAGCCAUGGACGGUAAAGUGUUGAACAUUAACUUCGAGGUCUCCCGCAGAGUGACUCAAAGGCUGACAUCGAUGAUCAUGAAGAUUUUCUUGACAGAGGUGCUCGGGUACUCGGGUGUCGCUCUUAUAGAGAAGGAUGAUAAAUUCAUUCCGGGCGACGUUUUCAAGAGGCUGAACAACGCGACGUACGCAGUCCUGAUGCACUCGAGCAACCAAACAGUUACUCAGCCGAUGGUGAACAUGGAGGUUUGGAUACCGCCCCAGAUGGACACGAUGCCUCUGCUAAUCAUGAACUACGUGAAGGAAUGCGGAUCGGUUGGUCCGCCAGGUCACUUCGGUUGGUUCGUUCCGAGAGCGUUAUCGAGGCUGGACGACAGUUGGGUAACCUUCACCAGGUUAGAGUCAGCGGCUCGUUUCGGAGUGGACGAGACCACGUUGUCGAUGAUCCAGAGGUUCACCAUGGAUUCGAAUACCGGGGCCUACUAUUGCGAAAAGAAGGAGUGUCGGCAGGGAAUGUACGUUCCAGAACGGUGUCAGAACGGGGAACCUUGCGCUCUGUUAUUGACUAGUUAUCCCGACGUCACUGAUUUCUUGGUACCCGACAUCGAGCAGAUGAAACUCUACGUGAAGGUGGCCUGGGUCGGGCCCCAUCUGAAACAUCUAACGGAUACUUUGACCAGGGAAUAUAUGCAGGCCGUGAACAACGCGACGACAAUAGCCGAUAACAGGUCCCUGGUGAUCAUGCACUGGACGCCUAGCAGCGUGAUACCGAACGAGAGGGACUUCGUGACGAUCGAUUUCCUGCGAUGCACCGCAAAACUGAUGGAAUCUGGUUGCAACUACGAGUCGAACAGGCUGACCAAGCUGGUCUGGGCGAAGCUAGAGUCGAUCGCGAACAUGGCGUUCGAAGCGAUCAAACGCGCGUCGUUCACCGACGUCAUGUACGAGGAUCUGAUAGGACGUUACAAUAAGCUCUCCGAGACGGUCGACGAGGAAGAGAUAGCCUGUGGCUGGCUCAAGGAUAACCUGAACUACGCCCUGAAGAAUUGGAUGCUAGAAAAGUCAGACAAGAAUACCCUCAUCGUGGGCGGUAUAUUCCCUAUGAGCGCGUCAUUCUACUCUGGCAAAUCGAUCAUGGUAUCCGCGGCUAUGGCGAUGGAGGCGAUCAACGUGAACAACACCUUGCUACCAAACUACAAUCUCACGUUGCUGGCCAACGACGGCCAGUGCAAGUCGGACAUGGUGAUGAAGUCUUUCAUCGACUUCAUCUAUGAGCAUCAUUACCAUAAGCUGAUCGGCGUUUUGGGGCCAGCUUGCUCGGAAACCGUCGAGCCGUUGAUCGACAUCUCGAAGCACUACAAGACGGUGGUGAUCAGUUACAGCGCGGAGGGCUCCAGCUUCAACAAUCGGGAGAAAUAUCCGUACUUCUUCAGAACCAUCGGCGAGAACAAUCAGUACAAGCACGUUUAUCUGCAGCUGCUGAAGAAAUUGGGCUGGCGGCGCGUGGCGUCCCUGACGGAGGACGGUCAGAAGUACACGGAGUACAUAUCGUACAUGCAGGGCAUGCUCAGGGAUAAUGGGAUCGUGUUCGUCGCGAACGCCAAGUUCCCGAAGGAACGAACGGCGGACAUGAUGACCAAGUACUUGCAAGAUCUGAAACAGAAGAAGGCGAAAAUCAUAAUUGCUGACGUUUACGACCAAGUAGCCCGGCAAGUGAUGUGCGAGGCGUAUAGACUGGAAAUGACGGCUGUACAGGGUUACGUGUGGUUCCUGCCUCUCUGGCUUCGACCGCAAUGGUACGACACCGAUCACUAUAAUAAAGAAGGCGAAAAGGUGCCUUGCUCCACCCUGGAGAUGAGCAAGUCUAUAAACGGCUAUCUCGGUCUGUCUCACGCGUAUUUUGCCCCGGACGACGACAUCAUGCAGGAGGGAAUAACGGUACGCCACUGGCGCGAUCGUUACGAAGAGAUCUGUAGAAAUCACAGGCAGCCACCCUCGAAUUACGCUGGUUUUGCGUACGACGCCAUGUGGACCUACGCUUAUGCGACGGAUCGACUCCUGAAGGAGAACCAGAGUUACGUUUACAAUCUCCACAACGACCAGACCAUCAACCGCUUGUCGGACAUCAUUGGCGAGACUGAUUUUUAUGGGGUGUCGGGAAGGAUCAAGUUCCUAGGUGGACCUUCUAGGUACUCGGUGGUAAACGUUCUUCAGUACAUCGACAAUGAAACUCGAUUGAUCGGUAACUUUUAUCCCAACAUCUCGGAAACGAAACACGAAGUGGUGGGCGGUAGAUUGGACUUGAACGUUUCCGCUUUCGUGUGGUUGUCGCAAGCCAUGCCAGAUGACGGCUCGGAACCACCCCAACGAUGCAUGAUCGCAGGCUUCGCUGAUUUCUUGAACGUGUCUUGCGAAAUAGCCUUCAUCAUAGUCAAUUUUCUUGGCAUCGGCUUCCUCGGUGUGGUACUCGUCAUAGGUUUCAUCAUUAUCAAGAGAAAGUACGAAGAGAAAGUGAAGCUUCACGAGAAGUAUAUAAAGUCCCUAGGCUUGGACUUCAUACAGAGCGACACCUCCGACUUGGACAAAUGGGAAAUACCCCGCGACAGGGUGGUGAUAAAUCGGAAGCUUGGCGAGGGUGCGUUUGGGACAGUUUACGGUGGCGAGGCGUCCUUCCCCGAUAAAGGUUGGCUGGCCGUUGCUGUGAAAACCUUGAAGGCGGGAAGCACCAUCGACGAGAAAUUGGACUUCCUCAGCGAGGUGGAAGUGAUGAAGAGGUUCGACCACAAGAACAUCAUCAGACUGCUGGGGGUGUGCAUAAAGGGCGAGCCUGUGCUGACGGUGAUGGAAUUCAUGCUUUACGGGGAUUUAAAAACGUACCUUCUUGGGAGAAGGCAUCUCGUGAACGAUCACAGUUACGAAGAUUCGGACGAGAUUUCUAGCAAAAAAUUAACCGCGAUGGCUCUGGACGUCGCCAGGGCGCUGAGCUACUUAGCGCAAAUGAAGUAUGUUCAUAGAGAUGUUGCCUCUCGAAACUGUUUGGUGAACGCGCAACGCGUAGUGAAACUCGGGGACUUCGGUAUGACGAGGCCAAUGUACGAAAAUGAUUAUUACAAGUUUAAUCGAAAAGGAAUGUUGCCAGUAAGAUGGAUGGCGCCAGAAUCCUUGGGUCUCGGAAUAUUCACGCCAGCCUCGGAUGUCUGGUCCUACGGUGUUCUACUUUACGAGAUUAUCACGUUCGGUAGUUUUCCUUUCCAAGGGAUGAGCAACAAUGAGGUGUUGACUUACGUGCAAUCUGGAAAAUCGCUGGUCGUUCCUAAAGGCGUGAAACUACAAUUAGAAAAUAUGAUCUACUCUUGCUGGAGAACGGACCAUACGAAGAGACCAACCGCUCCGGAGAUCGUGGACUUCCUAGCGACCAAUCCUCGAAUCCUAUCACCCUGCCUAGACGUUCCUUUGGCUAGCGUGCAAAUAGAGCACACUGGUCAGAUCGAGAUGCAACUCACGGAGAACAUCAGAAAGUUCUCCCUUUCCUGGCCGACGCCGCGUCAGACCACAUCCUCGAUGUCGAGUCCCUUGGAGAUCCCGAAUCCUCCUCUGCUCGAUAUAAACAGCCAGGACGAUAAACAGGUAGAGGAGUCGUUGUUGGGUGAUAUAGUGUGCGACAUUGAGAGUUCCAGGCCCCUGUUGCUGAACACCGACGAAUCGUCUUCGGGGCUGAUCGGCGGUUCUCAGAAUUUCGAAGGAAACGAGGAAAAAGCGCACAGGUACGUAAACGUUCAGCCAGGAAUGACGUCGGAGUAUUUUACGAGGGGCCAGAACUCUGGGUCCAUUCAGAUGGAGGAGAAAAAAGGCGUCGCGUUGGCGAGGAAUAGAAAUUCGGAGGACGUCUCGAUUCUUUGACAGCAUAGGCAGCACAGGAUUUCGAGGCAGAAAUCGAUGAUGCAUUUUCGUUGGCGCGCCGACGGCAUAUUUGGAAAAUAUGCCAAGAGCUCGUAUAGGAAAACCAGCGUUUAGUUGGUCAGUAAUUUCACAAGUCGAUGGAUGCAGAGAGAGACAAAACAUAGAUAGACAAAGCUCUGAAAGUAUAUUCCUUGAUUGGAAUCGGAGACACUUACCUAGCCUCGCUCGCGAAGCAAAGAAUCGCGUUGUACGGGGCGUGCAGCAAUUAUUUAUGACGGUUUUUAUGGUUGAACCUAAGCCCUGUUAGCCGAUACUCAUUGGCACGGCGCGGGGGCAUCCAAGAUUUAUGAAAUCUCAAAUAUAUUUAUCAUACGUUAGAUUUUAUAAAUGUUUUCGACUAUGCACACGUACAAAUAAAUAAUAAUUAAAGUAUUAGUAAGCGAAUUAUAGAGGAAUUUGAAAUCGUGCAAGGGUAAGGUUUAAAAAUAUAGUCUUAUCGGUCCCUGCUUCAGGCACUUAGAUUCGCCUGCGAAUGUCGUGAUAAGUUUGUUGUUUACUCCCGGUACAGUUGAACCGUUUAUCCACGAGGAGAUUAAUAUCCUGCCGAUUUACCGAACGAUAAAUAAACCUAGGAUAAUAUUAUAGGCGCCAUCGAAGUGAACGAAAUAGUAUCUGUUGCAAGUAAGCAGAACACCGGAGCGAUUUUCCUUAGAAAAGUUGAAAAUGGAAGAACUGAUUUUUUGUUCAUUUUCGCUCGAUGUACUUUUGAGACUGAUACACGUAGGGAAAUUAAGUUUUGGAUGUUUUUACGUAAUAACGAUAGAAAUUUCUUUGGGAGAGGGGGGAAUAAGCUUCGAAUCGAUCGACUACACAGGAAAUUUCUGUUGACUUCAAAGAGCGAAAAUUCUUUGAGUCUGUAAAGUUAUAAAUAAUCGACAAAGACUAAAUACAUAGAAAAUGAAGCAUUUUGUUUCUUACUGUAGAAAUGUCUGUGUUCGUAUCGAAAACAAAUAAUGAGUGGUACUUUGUAUUUAACAGUACUCGACAGGAAAAUGACUGAGGAAUGCUUAUAAUUUCGUGCAAAAUUUGGUAAAUAACUCUUUUCCUGUUUUAAUAUCGAUUCUCGAAACAAAUGAACACGCGCAAUGCUAUUUCCAGACAAUCGCUACGUUUCGAGAAUGUUGCGCAUUUUAAGGGAACACGAAACAAGGAACAGAGCAAUAUUAUAAACAAGGGAAUAAUCGAGCAUCGAAGUUUACGUAACCAUGACAUUUAUUAGGAGCGUAUUUUAUGUGAACAUUUAAGUCCUCGAGAGUACACCUCGCGAACGUUUAGGCGAAAUCCAAGGGGCUUUACUUGUCGCGAAACACUUCCAUUUCCAAAUAUUUCGUCAAGUCUUCUGUACAGUAACGCAGUAAUGCUACGCAAAUACAGGGUAACUGCACUUUUUAGUCGAAACAAAGACAAUUGUUUCUUAAACGCAAUAGGAGAGGUAACGACAAAUAGAGCAAUGAGAAAGUCAAUGACCUAGAACGGCCAAUUGAUCCGACUAUAGUUGCUCGCUAGUUUCGAUAAAACUCGAUCCUCGCUAGAAUUAUGAUCAAUGCAACAAAACGGUUACUAUUAUAUGUGAUCACACCUAGCGGCUAUUUAUUAACUUAAUAGAACGAAACUUCGAUCGAAAACCCGUUUUCGUAAAAUAUUUAUAUGUAUUGAGUCUCCCUCGUCGCGUGGUUCGUCCCUCGGAAGCAAUUUAUUUUCAUUUAUGGCGAUGCAACAUAACUCGCGGCGAGAGAGGCGUUGUUUAAGUGCAAUAACAUUCUACGUCUUGUACAAAUAAACUGUCGACAAAAUAUAUAUUAAUAAACGCGUAUUAGAGUGGCCAAUCAAUUUCCAGGCGAGCUCAAAUUCCGCUACGAUGUCCUGAUAGAACGAUCGUUGAACGUAUCUUGUUCAUAUUAUUCUAAUUAAAAUCUUUAUUCGUGUAUGCUAAUGUCUAUACAAUGUUACAUAGGUAUAAAAUAUAAAAAAAAAGUGUUGGAACGUUCAAGUUAGAGAUUGUGGUUGAAAAUGCGUACCUAAUCGUAGGAAAUUUUCAGAAAAAUAUGCCAAGCGCUUCGAGAGCUACAACAAUUUAUUGGUAACUCUAGUCCGCUCGCGCGUUCACAGAUUGUCUGAAUUUUAAUUACGCUGGCCAACAAUCACUUUUGUGUUCCAUUACGACGUACAUUGUACCAAAAAGACAAUCUUUUUUUUUUCAUAUUUAUGGCGAACGUAUAUGUUGGUACGAUCUUCAUGUACAAUUCUAGCGAAAAUAUUUUAUACUUGCUCGAGUAUAUUUUUAAUGCUUGGCCAGUUAAAAUUUAGACAUCCUGUGUUUCUUAUAGGGCAGAUUAUUUAAUUAAACUGUUAUCUUUAAAUCAACUCGUCUUGUUACACGAGAUGACUGUGGAGCACAAUUAAUUUACCUGUAAGGAGGCAACCGACAGAAAGUAUUUUUAAUUUUCACGUUAAUUCCAGGUCGUGAUUGUUUCGCGUUCAUUCGACCAAAUCGCUACGAAAUCGCGAAUCGUCCGUUCAUAUUAUUUUCUUACCUGUCGAAGAUGGUAAGGGAAACUGAAAUCGACCAUAUUUUACAUGUUACACUGCAUCGAUCAGCGAGACGCUUAUCGUAGUACUUAUAGUAGUAAAAAUCCUUUUCCUUUUUUUUCUACGCUGGGAAUAGUUAUAUAGAUAAUAACGAUUGCUUGAACGACCGUCUGAGAACUUUAUUUCCUUUACGAUUCGUUCAAGACGGUAUAAUUGUAAAUCGUAUUCGUAUAGCAUUGCACCACCGCUACAGUACAAUCCUUCCUAAUAUCUUUAAACACGUGAAACUUUACUGUAACAAAAUAUAGCGACGUUAUUUAUUCUCGAAUUGUACAGAUGUAAUUUUAUAUUCGUUAUGGAUGAGACCGAUUUAAUAAUGUUACACGCUGUUCUGUACAGAUACUGUUAUUCCUUGAUAACAUAUUUAUUAUGCUUUCUUCAAUUAAAUUACACGAAAGAAAUGGUUUCUCA